GCUACCAGGUGACCGGCGUCUUUAUGAAGAACUGGGACCCUCUGGAUGAGCAAGGCGCUUGCUCCGUUGACAGGGACUGUGAGGACGCGUACCGGGUUUGUCAGAAGCUGGAUGUCCCUUUUCACCAGGUGUCCUACGUGAAGGAGUACUGGAAUGAGGUGUUCAGUGACCUCUUAAAAGAAUAUGAACUGGGAAGGACUCCUAAUCCUGAUAUUGUGUGUAACAAGCACAUCAAAUUCAACUACUUUCUUCAUUAUGCUAUGGAUAACCUUGGAGCAGAUGCAAUUGCCACUGGGCAUUAUGCAAGGACCUCACUAGAGGAUGAGGAAGUGUUUCAACAGAAACAUAUUAAAAGGCCACAAAGGCUUUUCAGAAACCGUUUUGAAGUUAGAAAUACUGUGAAACUCCUUCAAGGGGCUGACCUCUUUAAGGACCAGACCUUCUUUCUGAGUCAAAUCUCACAGGAUGCUUUGAGGAAAACCAUUUUCCCUUUGGGGGAUUUAACAAAAAGUUUUGUAAAGAAGAUAGCAGCGGAACAUGGCCUUCAUCACGUGCUAAAGAAAAAAGAGAGUAUGGGAGUCUGUUUCAUUGGUGAAAGAAACUUUGAAAAUUUCCUUCUUGAGUAUUUAGAGCCUCAGCCAGGUAACUUUGUUUCCAUUGAAGAUAAGAAGGUGAUGGGAACACACAAAGGUUGGUUCCUCUACACGAUAGGCCAGAGGGCUAGGCUAGCAGGCCUGAAGGAUGCUUGGUUUGUUGUAGACAAAGAUGUCAGCACUGGAGAUGUCUUUGUGGCACCAUCAACAGAUCACCCAGCUCUGUACAGAGACCUGUUGCGGACAAACCGAGUGCACUGGAUAGCAGAGGAGCCUCCUCCAGAGCUCGUCAGAGAGAAGAUGAUGGAAUGUCACUUGAGGUUUCGGCACCAGAUGGCACUGGUGCCUUGUGUGCUGACUCUAAACCAGGAUGGGAGUGUGUGGGUGACGCUGGUGAAGCCAGCCAGAGCUAUCACACCUGGGCAGUUUGCUGUGUUCUACAAAGGUGACGAGUGCUUGGGCAGUGGGAAGAUCCUGAGGAUGGGCCCAUCAGUGUAUACCCUGCAGCAGGGCAGAAACAGAGAGGAAGGUCCAAAGAAGGAAGAGAGUGACAAGAUAGAACCAGCAACGUAACACUUGGGUUUGUUUAUUGAAGGACUUUGGAGAAUUUGCUGCCUGAGAAUAAUAAAACCA